AUGCUGUCUGCAGGAACUACCCGUAAGGCACAGAACAAAUCCCUGCAGCCUGUCUGCCGGGAUUACACCAUCCACCUUCACAAGCUGAUUCAUGGCAUCCAGUUCAAGAAGAGGGCACCCCGAGCGCUCCGCGAAAUCCGUCGCUUCGCUCAGAAGACCAUGCACACCAAGGAUGUCCGUAUCGACACCAAAUUGAACAAGUUCAUCUGGUCGGGCGGCAUCAGGAACGUGCCUCGCCGUGUGCGCGUCAGAAUCGCCCGCCGACGCAACGAGGACGAGGACAGCAAGGAGAAAUUCUACACGCUGGUUCAACACGUCCCUGUUGCAUCCUUCAGCAACCUGAAGACGGAGUAUGUUAACGAGGAGUAG